ACAGAUACCAAUGGGGUUACGACUACUACCACUAUGGAAGACCACAAUUACGCUAUUUAUUCUUCCUCUUCUUCUAAUUUGUUGAAAGGUGAGGAGGAUUUUAUAAGGCAUUCACUGGAAGCAUCUGAUGAUGAGAAUGCCCGUUGGGAUUUCGACAAGUUGGUUGGGGUAGUCAAGUUAGUUGGGUGCGGUGCAGAAGAUUUGAACGGCAGUGGAGAUGGGUUACCAACAUGGUCUGAUGGGCUGUGGGAGCUUGAAAAUGAAGUUGCUAAUUAGUAAAGGGAAUGCAAAUCAAAACAUUCCUCAAAUUUAAAAUUUUGUCUUGUCUAUUAAAAUUAAUGUAAAUAGAAUUUUAAAUCCAAU